AUGGAAACAUCCAUUCAUUGUUAAUUGCACUAAGAAUAUUAAGUGUAAUACAUUUUCCUUAAUCAGAAUAAUAUAAAAUUUGGUUGUAUUGAGUGUAUAUCAGAUUUGUAAGAUGAAAAUCAUAAUGCAAAUAUUUUCAAAAAUAUUUUUCUAUUGCAUGAUGUAAUAUCAACCAUAAAAUUUUUAGAUAUAAAGCAGUCCUUAAAAAUUAUUAACAUAGAUUUCAAAUAUUGAUGACUAAAACCUGUAGUUUUAUAGUUGCUUACAUAAGAAAACAGAGACAAUAAUAAUGUAAACUUUCUAAAAUUGGGAAAACAAUAUGAGGAAUUUUCAAAAAAAGAUAGAUAACAUCAUUCUUCAAUAAAAAGAAUUUGUGGAACAACUUCUUAUCAACUAUAAAAAUACAAUUAAAUAACUCUAGCAGGUAAGAAUACAUUAACUUAGGAAAUAAAAUUCGAAGAAUUCUAAAACCUAAUUAAAGAAUUUGGAACUGCUAAUGAAAAACUUCAAAAUGAUGUUUUAGAAUAAAUUUCGCAUAAGAUUACUUAACAUUUUGAAAGUUUAGAUAAAAACAAUGCAAAAGAAUUAAAUGAAUCUUUAAAAAGAAUAAAAUAAGAGUAUAUAAAUCAAGCAGAAAAGUAUAUUUGUAUGAAUAAUAUAGUUUAAAUCAGCCUGAUAUUUAAGAAUUGUAAACUUCGUUCUAAUAACUGAUUAAAUCAACAAAUGAUUUAUAUUCAUAAAUGGGAAAGUCUUUCAAUUAUAUAACUUAAAUGAAUUCCUCAUUAAUUCCUAACAGUUACUCAAAAUAUUUAUUAGGACUUAUUAAAAACAAAUUAAAUUAGGAUAUCAAAUAAAUAAAACUUCUAUAUUUAGGAUCAAGAGAUGGACUUAAUGGUCAAUCUUUAUGGAACAAAAUUGAUGGAAAAAAGCAUUUAAUAUAUAUUUUUAAAUCAAAAAAUCCAGGAAAUAAUAUUUUUGGGUCAUACAUCUCUUGCAAAGUAAACUAAGAUUUAAAUAAUUGGUAAUCUGAUGAAUCUUUGAGUUCAUUUAUUUUUUCUUAUACUCACAAUGAGAUAUAUCCUUUAAAAUAGUCUUAAAAAUAGCAUGCUAUUCUCUGUUAACCGAUAAGCUAUGCUGUUUGGAUUGGAAUGAGUGGAAAUAUUGGAAUUUGUAAUGAUUUUAUUAAUGGAUAAUCUUAUUUAGGUUCUUCAUAUGAAUGGGAUAAAUUUGAAAACCAAAGAAGUUCCCAUUUAUUUGGAGGAGAUUCUCCAAAUAUUGAAGAAUGUGAAGUUUAUGAAUUAUAAAUUUGA